AUGGGAGACAGAGACCCAGGCACACCUACCUGGAAGUUCACACAAUGCUUUGGUGAUAAGGGAGAUGUAGAAGAUAUCACAGAAGCUGAUAUCAUCUCGACCGUCGAAUUCGACCACACCGGUAACUACCUGGCGACGGGAGAUAAGGGUGGGCGAGUGGUUCUAUUCGAACGGAAUGAGACGAAAAAAACUUGCGAGUAUAAGUUCCACACCGAAUUUCAGUCACACGAGCCAGAAUUCGACUAUCUCAAGUCGUUAGAGAUUGAGGAGAAAAUCAACAAAAUUAAGUGGUGUCGGCGACAGAAUGCAUCGCACUUCCUUCUAUCGACCAACGACAAGACCAUAAAACUAUGGAAGGUGUUCGAUAAGUCACUGAAGGUGGUUGCGGAGAACAACCUCUCGAAUGAGAUGACCCCUGCGAGCAUCGUGGGUGGUGGUCUGCCUCGUGCCCCCCGUGGAACAUUCAAGGAUGCUUCAUCACUGAAACUACCCCGUCUGACACAUCAUGACACAGUUGUGGCCGCUGUUCCCCGGAAAACAUAUGCCAACGCCCACGCGUACCAUAUAAAUAGCAUCUCAGUGAACAGCGACGGCGAGACCUUCAUCAGCAGUGAUGAUCUUCGUGUCAACUUGUGGAAUCUCAACAUCCAGGACCAGAGCUUCAAUAUUGUGGAUAUCAAACCGGCAAACAUGGAGGAACUUACCGAGGUUAUCACAGCCGCCGAAUUCCAUCCCGUUAGCUGUAACUGGUUCAUGUACGCCAGCUCCAAGGGCACCAUCAAAUUGGCUGAUAUGCGUCAGCGGGCCCUUUGUGAUGAACAUGCUAAGCUGUUUGAGCAAGAAGAAGACGCCUCCUCCCGUUCCUUCUUUUCCGAGAUCAUCUCCUCCAUUUCAGACGUGCGAUUCUCACAUGACGGCCGAUACAUCGUUUCCAGAGACUAUCUGACCGUAAAGAUCUGGGAUGUGAACAUGGAGCGCCAACCCGUCAAGACCAUCCCUAUCCACGAGCACCUGCGGCCACGUCUCUGUGAUACCUACGAGAAUGACAGCAUUUUCGACAAGUUUGAGGUGGUUUUCUCGGGCGAUGCUGAUAAUGUCAUGACCGGAAGUUAUAACAAUAACUUCAUGAUCUACCCGACGGACGAGCAGAAGGAGACGGAGAUUGUGCUGCAGGCAGACAAGUCAGCCUUUAAGGCCAAGAAGGUCGGCGUGCCUACUCCAAUGAACAAGGGUAAUGGAAAGAAGGCCGGGUCGAGAUCGGGUAGUCCCGCAGGCCCAGGUAGCCGCAUGAAGAAGGAGACGGAUGCCGACCAGAUCGACUUUAACAAGAAGAUUUUGCACAUGAGCUGGCAUCCAUUCGAAGACAGCAUUGCCAUUGCCGCUACGAACAACCUCUUUGUCUUUUCUGCUCUGUAA